AUGCUUUCUCACAGCAUGAUGGACGGCAACCAGCUGGUGGGGCAGCUGCCCUCUCUGAAGCGCAUGGCAGCGCUCAAGACUGUGGCUGCACGUAGCAACUAUAUCACAGCAGUAGCAGAAGCACCUCCCGCAUGCCCCUCAUACCAGCUGCUGCUGGACUCAAACUGCUUUGCUGAAAGCCUCACCAUUUGCGACGAACAGCAAGUCCAGAGGGAAGCUGGUUGGUGCAAAUGGUUCUGUGGGAACGAGCCCUUGAGCCCACCUUGUAGCGGCCAUGGAGUCUGCGUCUACCUGCCUGAGUUUGCAUCUGCUCCCACCUGCUCUUGCAAAUACGGUUACACCAGUGUAAUUCCUGCCACCUGCUCCCCGCAAGGGUCAUACGUACCCUCCCUUCUCACCUCUUACGAAGACCCGAUGACUCUCUUCCAGCUGGCUACUUCUACCCCCAACGGCUCCAUCUUCCUCACCUCAAUGCCAUCCACUGCAUCCUGGGGAGCGGCCUUCACACCGCAACCCAUCACCCUCUUCCUCUCCACCAACAAAAAGCAGCCCUGCGAGCAGCCCAUUGGCUUCUCCGUCUCGUUCACGUUUCGCAUGACCCCUGCUACCUCUGGUAGCAUUAUUGCAGGCGAGGGCCUGGCGUUUGUAGUCACUGCAGCGGCACCCCAGGGGGCUGCAGCAGGGGUGGGGUUGGGAGGGGUGGGGCAGCGGGGUGUGGCAGUGGAGUUUGACUCGGUGCUGAGUGUGAAGCACAGCGACCCCAACGACAACCACGUGGGCGUCAAUGUGGGCGGUUCACCUGUGUCCCUCGCCUCUGCCACGGCCCCUCUCAUCCUCAACGACGGCCACACCAAGCACGCCUGGAUCCACUACGACCCCACCAGUGGCGGCACCCUCCGAGUCUUCCUCUCAGCCUCCAGGCAGCAGCCAUCGAAAGCUGUGGUGACGGCAAGAGUGUCUCUGUGCAGCGCGCUCAAGCCUACUGUAGGCAAUGCAUCCUUCCUCUUCGGCUUUGUGGCGGCUGCUUUGAACAAAUCCCAGAGGCACGACAUCCUGUCAUGGAAGAUUACCACUGGCAUACCUCCGUUUGUGGACUGGCAGAACGAGGCCCCUGCCGACUCCGCAGCGUAUGCAGUGGUGGGGGCAGUGGAGGCAGCCUACAGCAUUGCGAGCAAUUUGUCGCAGCCCCUCCGACUGUCGGUGGAGCAGCUGCGGGUGGCCCUGUCGACCAACUGCGACGACAUGCCUCCGCGGGAUGUGCUGGCCUUCCUGGUGGCUGCCACACGCAAGGGAGGGGGGCUCGUGGAUGACGCAGCAGCAGCGGCCGCCAGUCCCCACAGCAUGGCGUCCGCCGGCCGGCGGGAGAGACUGGCCGCGAAGAUCAAGUACUACGGCAUCCAGGGCUAUGAGGAGACCUCUUUCGAUGGAUGGCUGGGUCUGCUGCUGGCAGUGCAGCGGCAGCCAGUGGUUGUGCGAAUAGAGGCUUCCGCACAAUCGUUUUUUGAGUAUGACGGGACAUACAAGUAUGCGGAUUCUGGCUGCUUUCGGGAGGAAGUGAACCACGCGGUGCUGCUGGUGGGCUAUGCUGUGGAGGGCAGCACGUCCAGCCCUUUCAGCUUGCCUGGGCCCCUCUGGGUGAUCCGCAACUCAUGGGGCACCGGGUGGGGGUAUGCAGGACACAUGUUCAUGGACAUGCAGAGCGGAUCAGGCAUCUGUGGCAUCAACACACUGCCAGGCAUCUUCCCCAUCCUCCGAUCGACUGCUGACCCGUGUGGGAGCAAGUCUGUGAAGCUGGCGGGCUCAUGGGCAGUGCCCGUGACCAAUGCGUUCAACCCGUGUGGGCAGUUCAAGUGCUCCAAGGCCGGAGCAUCCAACCGCUGUGCCUGUGCUGCUCCCCACUUCGUCCAGGCCUCCCACCCCGACGGCUCCAACACCUGCGCCUAUGGCAGCAACCCGUGUGUGGUGGGCACGUGUGUGAACGAUGGCAAGGGCAACUACUCCUGUGUGUGUCCCCCGGGGUUCGUUCAAGGCACCACCGCCAAGGGAGCUCUCUCCUGUGCUCCGGGCGACAACAAGGGCAGCUACACGGUGCUUGGAAGCAAUGUGUGGUGCUCUCAAGUGCUGCCUGUGUUUGGACUCACUCUCGACCAACUCACGCAGCAGAACAAGGCAUGUGUGGAUGCGGUGGUUAAACUCAACCCUGGGCUCAACUGCUCAGAGCUCAUGUGCGGCCAGACCGUGUGUGUAGAGCGCGAUGAGAGCAGGGCAAGGGAGGUGGCAGUGUGUGAUAAGGAGUACCUUGUCCAGGUGUGUGGCGGCUGUGAUGCUGUGAUGGCCGCGGUGGAUCCACCUUUGAGCCCACUGGAGUUCUACCGCCUCAACCCAGGCAUCAACUGCAAGUGCUUGUCAACCAACUUACAAUAUACCUAUUCGCGGCGCAAGGUGAGGACCUGUUAUUAG